CGUGUCUCCCGCAGCCGUCGCACGCAGCGGAAAUCCCAUCGGCCCCAGCGAGGAUUGCCACGCAAAUGACUAUCAACGGCCGUCCUUUUAGCUUCGAAUCGCGCCGCUGUGUCAACAUCCCUGCCAUGCCGGGUGCGAUGAAGGCGCGCGUGGAAGUCUCGUGGCAGCAGGGAAGCGAUGCUGGCAACGCUGCGUGCGGCGCGAUCCGGUUCUUCCAGGAUCCCGGCUGCUCAGGCCAGACGCUGGACUUUCUCCCCAUCAUGGGCGCUCAGAGUGCCAAGUAUAUCCCCGGCGUAGUGACGUCCGCCCUCUGCCUCACUG